UCCAAAAUGGGUUUGUAUAAAUAACAAAGAUCGCUCCUAGCCAGAGACACAAGCAGUUCAAACCUCAAAGCAAAAGAACCAGCAAUCAGCUCAAGAUGCGCGCAUUUAUCGUUAUGUGUUUGGUGGCAGUUGCCUGCGCCGAUAAACUCGGCUACAACUACCAGCCCGUGGGUCACUCCAGCUCUGGAUUGUCCUUUGCUCCUGGCAGUGGCUCCAUUGGAGGCGGCUCCAUUGGAGGUGGCUCCAUUGGAGGAGGAUCCAUUGGAGGAGGAAGCAUUGGAGGUGGCUCCUUGGGAGGAGGCUCCCUUGGCGUUGGAUCCCUUGGAGGUGGAUCCCUUGGAGGUGGCUCCCUAGGAGGCGGAAUCGAUUCCGGUCUGGGAGGUCUGAGUGGUCUUGGAGGUGGCGAUUCCCUGAGCGCCCCCGUCUCCUACAACGCCCCCGCUCCUUCUGCUGAGCUCGAGAAGGAAUUCUUCACCUUCUCCGCCAACGAACAGGACUUCGAUGAGCCCCAGGAACUGGAGCGUGUUGCUGGAUCCGUGAACAAGGGCCUCCGUGUGGUCUUCAUCAAGGGACCCGAGAACCGUGGCCUGGAGAACGCCGCCCUGGCUCUGGCCAAGCAGGCUGCCCAGCAGGAGACCGCCAUCUAUGUGCUGAACAAGCAGGCUGACAUUGGAGAUCUUGCCCAGAAGUUGAACGCCAUCCGCAGCAACAACAACAACAAGCCCGAGGUGCAUUUCGUCAAGUACCGCACUCCCGAGGAUGCGGCCAACGCCCAGCGUGCCAUCCAGUCGCAGUACGACCAGCUGGGAGGAUCCAGCCAGGCUCAUGACGGUGGUGUGGCCCCCGCACUGAACUUUGCCUCCGCCGGUCCCGUCCAGAAGGCCAACGCCCAGAUCCCCGAGAACGCCUACCUGCCCACUUCCGUCUUCCGUCGCCUGCGAUUCUAAGAUGUGCCAUCUUUGGACCCUAUUAGAUUAAGCGAACUUCGACUGAAGAACUCACUCUUCCUGUUACUUGUUGUUGACUAAUGCAUAAUUACACCAAUAAAUUUCAAAUUUAAAAACGAA